CGGAUGAUUAUCUGUCUUUGAUUAGUGCCACCCAUUGUUAGAUCCAAUGUUAUAUAUUGAAUGGUGUAAAAAAGAUACGUGUGAUGAAAAACCUCAAGAGUCUUGUGAAGCCCUAGAAGCAUAUGCCAGAGAAUGUGGUCAACUUGGUAUUUGUGCGGAUUGGCGAAAUAGUUUGUGUCCAGCAAAACAAUGUCCCAAUGGUUUUGAAUAUAGACCAUGUGGUCCUGAAUGUAUUAAAACUUGCAAAGACGUAAGAGAAAAUCGUGAAUGUUUAAAGAAAGGUUUGUCAAGAGAGGGAUGCUUCUGCCCAGAAGGACAAGUGCUUUUAAAUGAUUCUUGCGUCGAAGAAACGGCGUGCAAAGUUUGUGACGAUGAAGGACAUCGUCCUGGAGACGUCUGGCAAAAGGACAAGUGUACCACUUGCACCUGCGCUGAUACUAAUAUUAAGUGUGAAACACAAACUUGUCCCUCAAUUGAAACCAUUUGUGAUCAGGGUUAUAAUGCUGUUAAACUACAGAACGAGAAUAAUGAAUGCUGUGACAGAUAUAUAUGUGUUGCUGUAACACCAACUUAUACCUGCGAACCCCCGCAAAAAUUAAACUGUGCUCAAGACCAGGACAUGAAGCUGAUUACAAACUCUAAUGGAUGUCAACAGUUCAUUUGUCAAUGCAAAUCUAGUGAAGAUUGUGAACCGGUUGAUCUCACUUCUACUGAGCCGGGUGUUACUGUGAUGAUGAAUACAAGCGGUUGUUGUCCCGUUGCGGAGAAAAUUUGUAAGAUUGAAAACUGUCCAGGUAAUCCUGAUUGUCCUAAAUAUUAUACUGUUGAAAAUACCACAAUUCCUGGUAAAUGUUGCCCAUUGUAUGAUUGUGUCCCACCUCUCGAUAAAUGCAUCUAUAAUCUUACAUAUACUAACGGAGAAAAAGGUGGAGAAAGACCAAGAAAUCAAUAUGAAAAGCAGCAAGUCCUGAAGGAGAUCGGAGAAUAUUGGAACGAUGGGCCUUGCAGACAGUGCCAAUGUAUUCGUUCCCCACCUAAAAAGGCAUCCUAUGAAUGCACUAUCACUGAUUGUCCUUCAGUACAUGAUUCUUCUGAUAUCAAUGAUUAUGUACUUGACGAAAUAUUAGUGGAAAAUCAAUGUUGUCCCACUAUCAUUCGUACAGCUUGUAAACACGACAACAAAAUAUAUAAACCAGGAGAAAAAUGGCCUGCCUCAGAAAACGACUCUUGCACUAUGUUAAAAUGCGUCAAGAUAAACGAAAAUGUUCAGAAAGAAAAGGAGAUAAUCACAUGUGAUACUAAAUGCGAUUUAGGAUGGGAAUACCAACCAUCAAAGUCAGAUUCUAAAUUGUGUUGUGGUUCUUGUAUACCUGUAGCUUGUGUAGCGGAUGGAAUUGUUCGUAAUGUAGGGGAGGAAUGGACAUCUGGAGAUUUUUGUACCAGAUACGCAUGUAAUGAUGUAAAUGGUUCCUUACAAGUUCAGUCAUCGUUGACCAAUUGUUCUAAAAUAUCUGAAGAACUUUUAAAAGAAUAUGACUAUGAAGUGAAGAAAAUUGAGGGAGAGUGCUGUCCAACAUUUACCAUUGUUGGCUGUAUUGUUGAUGGACAAAAAUAUAAGGUUGGUGAAAAUUGGCUUUCACCUGAUGGUGAUAAGUGUAAAUCAUUUACCUGCACGCAGAACAGUUUUGGAGAAAUAACUAAACAAGAGACGGUCGAAACUUGCAACACAAACUGUAGUAAGGGUUGGGAGUAUAAAGAAUCUGAGAUUUCAUGUUGUGGCACUUGUGAACAAGUGGCGUGUGUUGUAAAUGAAGCUUUAAAAUAUCCCAACGAAACAUGGCAAGAAGGCCCUUGUAAAGAAUGCAUGUGCGUUUUGUCUUUAUCAUCUGAACUAACAUUAAAUUGUACCACAACGGAAUGUCCUCUGCUUAAAGAUUCCCCAGAUUAUACAGAUUACAUUUUGGAGGAAGUUACACCUCCAGAAAAUCAGUGUUGUUCUAAUAUAGUUCGAACGGCUUGCAAACACCACGAUAAGGCAUAUUUAUCUGGUGAAAAGUGGUCAAUUAUUGACAACGAUUUUUGUAACAUGAUGGAAUGUCUCAGUACUAAUGGAAGUAUGCAGAAAAUAAAACAGACGAUUGUGUGUCAUGAUAAAUGCGAUUUGGGAUGGGAAUAUCGUCCACCCACUUCUGAUUCUAAAGAAUGUUGUGGAAGCUGUGUGCCAGUUGCUUGUGUGGUCGAAGGUAUUGUGCAUAAUGUAGACGAAGAAUGGACAUCGGAAGACUUCUGUACCAAAUAUAUUUGCUCUAAUAUAAACGAAUCAUUAUACGUUAAAACAGAAGCUGUAAACUGUCCGAAAAUACCAGAUGCACUUUUGGAAGAAUAUGUUUAUGAAUCAGUUGCACAGAAAGGAGAAUGUUGUAAGAAAAAUACGAUUGUUGGGUGUAAAGUAAACGGUACAAAAUACAAGGUCGGAGAUAUAUGGUCAUCUCCUGAUGGAGAUAAAUGUAAAUCUUUUAAGUGUACCAUAAACAGCCUUGACGAAGUUACUAAACAAGAAUUGAUCGAGCCUUGCGAUAAAAACUGUUCAAAAUUGGGUUGGGAAUAUAAAGAAUCUGAAACUUCAUGUUGUGGUAGUUGUGAACAAAUAGCGUGUGUCGUUAACGAAACAUUAAUAUAUCCUGGCGAAGUUUGGAAAGACGGUCCAUGCAAAGAAUGCAAAUGUGUUUUAUCACCAUCCAACCGACUUUUACAGGAAUGUACCACAAAGGAAUGUUCCGCAUUUAACGAUUCACCAGAUUACUCAGAAUAUUUCUUGGAAGAAGUUCCACCUCUAGAAGGCCACUGCUGUCCUACUUUUGUUCGCACAGCUUGUAAAUUCGAAGAAAAGAUAUACCAACCCGGCGAAAAAUGGCUUUCCAGUGAACACGAUUUUUGUAAUAUGGUGGAAUGUGUUAAAACAAACGGCAGCAUCCAGAAAGAAAAGCGUACUAUUGAAUGCGAUAAGGAAUGUGAUUUGGGAUGGGAAUAUAAGCCACCCAAAAAUUCAAGGCAAUGUUGUGGCUCCUGUGUAGCUGUGGCUUGUGUAGUGGACGGAAUUGAACAUAAAGUCGAUGAAAAGUGGACUUCUGAUAAUUAUUGUACAAAAUACAAUUGUGCGUAUCUGAAUGGCUCGUUACAAGUUCAAGCUACAGAACUUGACUGUCCAAUGGUACCUGACGAACUUCUUAGUGAAUAUGUUUACGAAUCAGAAGAUGUAAAAGGAGAAUGUUGUAAAAAAUAUAAAAUUACUGGUUGCAAAAUGAACAGCAAAGAGUACAAGGUCGGAGAGACAUGGACUUCCCCUGAUGGCGAUAAAUGCAAAUCUUACAGUUGUAUCAAAAAUAAUAAUGGCGAGAUUAUUAAGCAAGAAUCAAUAGAAUCAUGUCAAAGGAAUUGUUCCAAGGGAUGGGAAUACAAAGAGUCAACCACAUCUUGUUGUGGAAUAUGUGAACCAGUUGCAUGUGUUUUAAAUGAUACCUUAAAAUAUGCAAAUGAUGAAUGGAAAUCCGAGGAUGGCUGUAUUACUUUCAGAUGUGAAUUUUUCAAUGACCAAAUGGCUGUGACAAGGUCAGAAGAAUCUUGUCCAAAUAUAGAUAACUGUCCUCCGCAAGAUGUUUACAUAAAGAACUGUUGCAAACAUUGCAACAUUACAAACGGUGUUUCUCAAGUAAGCUGUGAAUCAAGAGAGAUUAACCCGAAAGAAACGGUUGGUUUGGUGAAUGUCAAUCGCCCUUCUCAUGGUAACUGCGCUAAUAAAUAUGAGUUGAAGAAUUUCAAAGAGUGUAGUGGAAGGUGUCAUUCAUCAACUGUAUUCAAUUCAAAAACUGGCUCACACGAAUCGAAAUGCGAAUGUUGUCAAGCAACCAAAUACGAACCACUUUUUGUUGAAUUGGAGUGUGAAGAUGGUUACAAAUACAAGAAACAGAUAGCUGUUCCUGUAGAGUGCGGUUGUGAAAGUUGUUCUAAUAGCUUUACCAAAACAGGAGGCACAAAGAGCAGUAGAAAGACUGGUUAAAUGAUAUGAGUAAUAUCUACUGUUUGAAAAUGUUAUUUAACGUUUAUUAAUUUUCUGAAAUAUAUUUAAAUAUUUAUGCGGA